AUGGAAGAACGCAUUGAAGUCAAAAGAUACGAAGAACUUCACACCGCCAAGGAAUUCGAGUCUCUUAUCGAAGCUCAAAACGUUCCCGCUGUUUUGUGUGGUUGCAUCAAGAAUUGGAGAGCGUUCUCUCUUUGGAACCCUCGGAACGGUGGUCUCGAUUACUUGCAAGAACGGGUAGGAUCUUCUGUGGUGGAGGCUAUGGUAUCUUCUUCUGCACCUGUCUUUUAUGGUGAUCUUGGAAGUCACCAGAGGGUUCCUCUACCAUUUUCUACGUUCCUUGAUUUGUGUAAGAAACGGAUACAUAUGCAAACUGAGCAACGGCAUCAACAUUUAGAUGUUGAUCAUUCUGUUGCCUCGCAAACGGAUAACACACAAAAUGAUUAUUUGUCCUUGGAAGAUGUUCCUGAACAAAUUUAUUUAGCGCAGGUUCCGAUCAUGAACCGUGAUCGUCAGGAUAAGGCUCAAUUGGGAAUCCUAAGGGAAGAUAUUCAGUUGCCUCCAAUAUUGGGAGCAAAAGAACUGUCUUCUAUAAAUUUGUGGAUGAACAAUGCACAAUCUAGAUCAAGUACUCACUAUGAUCCACUCCACAACCUUUUGUGCAUAGUUUCUGGCCGCAAACAAGUUGUUUUGUGGCCUCCUUCUGCUAGUCCCUCACUCUACCCAAUGCCUAUUUACGGAGAAGCUUCCAAUCACAGUUUGGUUGCUUUGGAAAACCCCGAUUACUCAAUUUAUCCAAGGGCAGAGUGCUCAAUGGAGUUUGCACAAAAGGUUGUUCUGGAGGCCGGUGAUGCACUUUUCAUUCCUGAAGGCUGGUUUCACCAGGUAGACAGUGAUGAUUUGACUAUUGCUAUUAACUUGUGGUGGAUAUCCAAGACUAUUUCUUGCAUGGUGGAACAUAUGGAUGCUUAUUAUUUACGCAGAAUAUUGAGAAGAUUGAUUGACAAAGAGAUGGAUCAACAACUGCUUAAGUUGGGGAUGGGAGAUACUGGGAUGUGUGCGUACAAGCUCCUGAAUAAUGGACAAGCAAGUCAUGCUGAUGAAAAUUGCAGUCAGAUGCCAAAAGGAAUGGAUUUAAAGGAGAAAAGACUUAAAGAGGGCAACACAUUGCUUGAAUUAAAACCUGCUGCAGUCCAGGUGCUUCAUGAACUUGUGUCUUUAGUUCACAGCAGUGUUAGCGCCAGCCCGGCGGCUAAAGUUCUUUGGGACGUUGAACCACAAAUUCUCCAAAAUGUCUUUCUUGCUAUGGCAAGCAGCUUCCCAAGAACUUUAGAGGCUCUUGUUCUGCAUGUACUUUCACCAGUUGGGAUAGAGGUUCUUACUCGGAAAUUUGAUGAGAUGGACGAACAAGUUCUUGAGAAAGAUCGGAGUAAAUUCUAUGAGGCUUUCUACGGUGCAUUUGAUGAUCAAACUGCAGCAAUGAAUUCUAUUUUAAAGGGGAAGGAGCUAUUUACUCAACAGGCAUUUAAGAAUGUAUUGGACAAAUUUGUUGGGGUGAAUCUAGAAAGCUCAAAGGCUGGAUUCAGAUGA